GCCUCAUGUUUCCGGACUUGUCCCUGCCGUUCGUGGAGGCGCUUUGGAAGCCACAGUUGCUGAAGGCACCCACCGAGGCGGAGCUAGCGCAGGAGGAGGCAAAAUACGCGGGCCAUCUGGAGGCCAUCCGCAACACUACACCGCCGGCACCCCCCAUUGGCAUGGAGAAGCAGCUUGGGCCUCCUGCGGAGCAGCAGGCGCAGCCCGAAGAGGAGCAGGAUGACAUGGAGGAAGAGGAAGAAGAGUUCACCGACGAUGAGGGGCCGGCCGACCGCUUCUAG